AUGACGGGCCCUAAACCCCCAAUUGAGAUCAAGGGCGAUUGCUCGACGAUCUAUAGCGACACACUUUACGUCUACUCGCCUGACGGCUCACCCGGUGGCUUCGCCUCAAUAGAACUCCAGGAGAACGGCAACUGGACCGAAUUGCCGAAACCAGAAUAUGAAGUCACGGGUGCUGCGUGCAUCAAGGGCAAGCCCUCUGGAAGCAAAGACGAGGUAUUUUAUCUGGUCGGCGGGACCGGCCCGGAGGGCAACAGCGGCCUCCAACGAUACUCCUUCAGCAAGAAGAAAUGGGAGACCCUGCCUAUGACUUCGGCGGAGAUGAAGAAUCGCACUGGACACGGCGCUGGCUACUUAUCUUCGACCUCGGAUAUUGUGGUCUACGCAGGAAACACAGAUGGCAGCAAAGUCGCCUCCCAAUCCUCAUACGUUCUUUCGACCGCGACUUACGAUGUGUCAUCCGGUGCUGCCAUGGGCACACCCCCCUUGUACAACCCCAUCAUCUUGCCUUGGAGUGAUUCCCAAGUGGCUAUGGUUGGAGGCUCGACAACCAACACUGCCAUCUACCUCUACAACUCGACCGGUUGGACUCUCUCGGAGGCAACCCUUCCGUCUGCAAUCGAUGACUCGUCUCGAUGUGCACUUGUCUCGGAAGAUGACAACACAGUGCUCGAAGUGUUCAAGAUGGACUCUUCCCCCAACAGCGUGACUAGCUACCUUCUCAAAUCCAAGGGGAAGCUGCAAUCCCCAGCUACCACCAUUGGCUCUGCCGACAAGCGAAGUAUCACCGACUCUUACAACAGCACGUUCGCGCCCACCGCAUCCUGGUCAGAUUAUGCCCUCGCUCAGGGUAAUGGCAUGGUGGUUCUAUCCAGUGGCCACACUAACAACUCCUUGGCGGUCUACAACUCGACUUCCAAUGGCUGGGCCAACACCACGGCGCUGUUCUACGGAAGCGAUGCCUCGACUUCACUCAAGCCGUCCAGCACCUCUUCUUUCACCUCAACUUCUACCCCAACUUCUACUUCAUCGACCUCCACCUCCGCCUCAGCUACGCCAACCUCCACAACAACUGCUCUAGCUACCACGAGUGGUGGUCUCACCAGCCACGGCAAGACGAUCCUCGGCGCCACCCUCGGCAGUGUUCUCGGGCUUGGUGUCAUUCUACUUCUCAUUCUUCUCCUACUCCGCAGUAAGAAGGACAAGAAGAACCAGGCUGCGCAGAACGGCGCUGGCGGCGACCACAAGAGCCGCCUGAGCUUCCAAGAUCAGGGCAUAGAACCCCUGACCGAAAGUGCCUACCCAAUGGCCAGGUCUCCUGUCCCUCUUGCCGCAGCCGCAGCCUCGAACGACUCACUCGCCAUCGUCACCGGUCAAUACAACGGGGAGAAAUCCCUCAAGCCACCCGGUGCGACAGGAUACGGUCUAGCCGGCGGCAAGAGCAGUCCGCUAUCUACAAUUCCCUCCAGCGGACCGAUGGGCGCAUCAAGCAUCGACACCGACUCCACCGAUCGCGCCAACGACUCCACCGGCCACGUCAACCAACCCGGAGACCGAACAACCGACGAAGGAUGGGGCAAGUAUUUCGAAGAAGGCGGCAACAUGCCAUCCGACCGCUCAACCAUGAGCUCCGUCUACACCAAGUCCGACUACCGCGGCAGCGGCUGGCCCAUGGCCAACAUGGCACCUCUCAACUUCGGAUUCCUGGACCAACCCAAGCCCCUAGGCCAAGUCAUGAGCGGCAGCCCCACGACCGAAGUCAGUUCAUCCGACAUGGGCAGUCGAAACCUCGUCAUUCCAGAGGGCCAAUCAGCACGGAUCUCCAGCGCAGACUCACUCAGCGUCGCAUCAGACGACGACCGCGAUGACCCGCAUUGGCAAAACGCCGCCCACAGCAGCUGGCUGGGCCGCCCAUCAAGCAGCAACUAUAGUGCCAGUUUCUACAAUCCCAGUUCUCGCGAUCUGGCAGGCAUGUCGUCCAACACGAUGCUGGCAGAUAAAGCACGACAAUCGCGUCGGAGAUCCAGUGUUCUCAUCCCUGAAGACAUUGACGAAGUCCCUGCGCAAGGACAGAACAACCUCAACUCGGAUAUGAGCUGGCUCAAUCUCAAAGCUGAACGAUGA